UGCAGUAAUUCUACUAUAGUGUACCUUAUUUGUGUUCACAAAAACCUCCAUGAGCCGAUGUACAUUUUCAUUGCAGCUUUGUUACUGAACUCUGUCCUUUUCAGCACUGCUGUCUACCCAAAGCUUUUGAUUGACUUUUUAUCUGAAAAACAUAUCAUAUCUUAUGCAGCAUGUCUCUUUCAGGGUUUUAUAUUUUACUCUUUAGGAGGUUCAGAGUUCUUACUGUUGGUAGUCAUGGCUUAUGACAGGUAUGUGUCUAUAUGUAAACCUCUGCAAUAUCCAACGAUCAUGACAAAAAGAACUGUCUGUGUUUUUUUGGUUUUAGCUUGGAUUUUGCCUGCUUUUCAGGUCGCAGUGUCAACAGUAUUUAUUGCUCAGAUGAAACUGUGUAGAUUUAUUCUAAAAGGAGUUUUUUGCAACAAUAAAAUUUACAAACUUCAAUGUGUGAUCUCAGGAGCACAUCUUGUACGAGACGUGGUCGUACUGCUUAACGUUGCACUCGUCCCUGUGCUCUUCAUACUCUUCACAUACACAAAGAUACUGAUAAUAACCUAUCGCAGCAGUAGAGAAGUGAGGAAAAAAGCUGCACAGACCUGUUUACCCCACUUGAUAGUUUUGGUAAACUUUUCCUGUUUGUGUGCCUAUGACGUCAUUAUCGGUGGACUGGAACUUGAUUUUUCAAAAACUGUGCAUUUAAUAAUGACUUUACAAAUUGUUUUGUAUCAUCCACUCUUUAAUCCCAUCAUGUACGGACUUAAGAUGAAAGAAAUUUCUAAACACCUCAAGAGGCUGUUCUGUCCGGCCAAAAUGAACUAA